AACAUUUGGCAGCAUAAAAAACAGUCAUAUUUCAAAAAAUAAUGCAAUCCAAUAAAAAGGCACAACUCAGAAUGAGUUAAAAUGUUUAAUACACUAUAAAUUAAUUACUAUAGAAGAUUAAUAAAGAAAAGUUAUUCUAUAGUUCACUGACUAAAAUUUAUAAAAUAAUCUUAUUUGGCCAUUUUGUAUAAAUAGAUCAAGGGAGCUCAACGUACUAAAAUAUAUACAUAUAUGUUAUUUAUAUUCUCACUAUAAACUUCUGCAGAUCAACAAGUAAAACCUAUGAUGUUGUAUAAAUGAAACAUGCAUGAGAGUGUUCAUCAUUAUCUGCUUUUUUAUUGAAUGCUGCAGUUCAAAUUUCUCUGAUAUUUACAUGUAGUUUUGGAAAAAUCCAGAAGUCAGUAAUGAGAAACCACACAGCAAUAACAACAUUCAUCCUUCUGGGACUGACAGAAGAUCCUCAGCUGCAGGUUCUGCUUUUCAUGUUUCUAUUUAUCACCUACAUGUUGAGUGUAACAGGGAACCUGACCAUCAUCACCCUCACCAUGUUGGAUCCCCACCUGAAAACACUCAUGUAUUUUUUUCACCAAAAUUUAUCUUUCUUAGAAAUCUCAUUUACAACUACCUGUGUUCCAAGAUUCUUAUACAGUAUCUCAACUGGGAACAAAAUAAUAACGUAUAAUGCAUGUGUCAUUCAGCUAUUUUUUGCAGACCUCUUUGGGGUAACUGAAUUUUUUCUUUUGGCUACCAUGUCAUAUGAUCGCUAUGUGGCCAUCUGCAAACCCUUGCAUUAUAUGGCAAUCAUGAGCAACAUAGUGUGCAAAACAAUGGUUAUUUGUUGUUGGAUGGCAGCACUUAUGAUUAUCCUCCCACCACUUAGCUUAGGUUUUCAUCUAGAAUUCUGUGACUCUAAUGUCAUCAAUCAUUUUGGCUGUGAUACAUUGCCUAUUCUGAAAAUAUCAUGCUCAGACACAUCAUUAAUUGAGCAGAUGGUUGUAGCCUCUGCUGUAUUAACUUUUAUUAUCACUCUUGUACGUGUAGUUCUCUCCUACACAUAUAUCAUAAGAACAAUUCUAAAAUUCCCUUCUGUUCAACAAAAGAAAAAAGCCUUUUCUACCUGUUCUUCACAUAUUACUGUGGUUUCCAUCACUUAUGGCAGCUGCAUCUUCAUCUAUAUCAAGCCAUCUGCAAAAGAAGAAGUAAACAUUAAUAAAGGUGUGUCAGUGCUUAUUUCAUCCAUAUCACCUAUGUUGAAUCCUUUCAUAUAUACUCUCAGGAAUAAGCAAGUUAAACAAGCCUUUCAUGACUCACUCAAAAAAAUUGCAUUUCUCUUAAAGUGUACCUAA